AUGCCCGAAAACGCCUACGCAUUGCAUGUGUAUGGUGUCACAGAUCAAUUAAAAGAAAAGAAAAUUAACGGUGUGCGCCUACGCAUACGUAAAACUCUCGCACUCAACCCAUCGGCUGCUUCUUUUCUAGGGUUUCUUAUUAUAUUAUAUUCAUUUAUACUUUCUUUCUUUCUUUCUUUCUUUCUUUCUUUCUUUCUUUCUAUUCCAGCAUUUCUUUUUCUUUCUUACCGAGUUUUAAUUUUUGUUUCAUCAGGUUUGUAUCCAUUACGCUUUCUUUUGAUUUACAUCUUUUGUCAUAUCUUCUUUUUUUCGUCCAUUUCCAUCUUUUCUUUCUUCGUUUUUUUUUCUUUCCAUCCUUUCCUGCUUCUUUCCCUUAUUCUUCCUUCCUUCCUUUCUUCCUUCCUUUCUUUCUUUCUUUCGUACUUCAUUAACCUUUUCCUUUGCUUCCUUCAUUACUUCUCCUUAUAUCCGCUCUACAUUCAUUCAGACCAUUUUCUUUUAUUGCCCUUUAUUUAUGCCCUUUAUUAUUCUUUUAUUUUUCCUUUUUUUAUAUCUUCCAUGAUUCUAUCCUUCCUCCCUUCCUUUUGUUCGCCUUACUUUACUAUUCGUCUGCCUUCUUUCUAUACUUACUUCUCAUAUAUCCCUCACAUAUUCGUCCUUUCACGCCGCUUUAAUUCAAUUCUUCAUUAUUCCCUUCGUUACUAA